AAGGCAUCCGCUUAACAAUCUAGACCGCGGUAACAGCGUACACAAGCAGUGUUCUCGACAACAAGGGCAACUCGAUCCUUUCCUCAUGGUUGCAACACUCACCGCGUUGUUUCGCCAGUCUCUUCCUUUGCUGUAUACAGCAGUCACAGCCGUUGCGGUCGCCGCUCUUAUGACAUGAUCAAUACUUCUCGCGUUACCUUGAAGGACUUCACGCUGCAGGUACACGCGAAAAGAGGUUGAAAUUAAGCUCCGGCAUGUCAGGGUCCUUGUUCCGCAUUGAGGAAGGUGCGACAUCAACUCACCCAUCAUCGCCCAUGGAUCUCACGACUCAAGGUAGCUUGGGCGGGCCCACGCCGCGUCGCUCCGGACGGUUGAGCUCGAAAGCUGGUUCCGUCAUCGAGCAAUCGGUGGUUACGGCUAUGACCUCAGGAGGUACCCGUCAACGAAAACAAGGACCGCUCACGAAAGUCAAGGCUCGCCGGUCGAACGCCUAUGGCGCCAGUGGUCGCGUCGGUGCAGCAGAGGAAUUGUCCAUUUCCGCCACCGGUUUUGCGCAAGCCUUCCAGAAUCAGAGAGGUGACGCUGUCGCUCGCGACGAUGAAGAAGAAGAAGAGGCGGAAGAAGAUGACAGUGCCGAUGAGCUUGGAGAUGAGGCAAGAAUGAGCGGCGCACUUAACGGCAACCCCGCGCGGAGAUCGCCAGCACACGAACGUUCCUCCCCUCCACGAGUUCCAGCUCCCUUCACUUUCUCCGAGACACCUGACGCACCGUUCAGCGAUGACGAUCUCGCCUUUUCGAUUGGCAAUACGUCCAAAUCCUUUGGUAUGGAGCACGAGGCCGGCAUGCUACAGGAACCCCAACGUCGCUCAUUCCUACGCUCUUCGUCACAACAACCUACUCCAGUUCCUCGGAGCACCUUGCGUCUCGUUGGCCAAUCAACCAGAGUGCUACCCAGUACCAAAGCCACGCCCGACAAAGUGGCGAUUGACGAGUCCAUCGACGACCUUCUUGCGGAAGAGCGUGCCAGGUUACAGCGAGAAGGCCCACCACGGCCGCGGCCGGCAGCUGCAGCCGUGCCGAGAGCAGCACCCCCGCCAGAAGUCCGGCCUGCACAGCGACCGGAAGUGCGAAAGGAACCUCGAAUCGAGCCGCGAGCCGAACCACAUGCCCAGCCGCGGGUUGGGCGACAGCCAGAACCACAAUCAGAACUACGUCUCCGACCACAAGUCCACCCGCGACCCCAGCCCAGCCGGCCAGAAGUCGUAAAGCAAUGGCUCGGGCAAGUCGAGCCAGCUGAGGACUUCUCACACAGUGAGCUUCCAGAGGAUGAGCCAGAGUGGCCAUGGCUGCCGCUAGUCAAACAGGCAUUCUGGGGCGUGAUAGCCGCUGCAGGCAUUCUACUUCUCUCCGCACUGUUCUCAGCUACAUUCUCAGAUACUAAUCGCAAAGUUGGCAUGCACACCGCUGUCGGCACUCGUAUCUCGACAGCAUGGUAUGACUUGGCAGAUUGGAUCAUGCCUGGGGAACGAAAGUACAACGAAACGAAAGUCCUCCUUACUUGGCUAUACAGUGAUGGUAACGAUGACGAUCACCUCUUGUGGUCGCGCAUGUGGAAGAAUCACCAGGAGUACGCAGGAAAGUUCGACGUUCUGGAAGGAGCCAUCGAUAACAUCAAAGAAGAGCUGCCGAGAUAUACGGUUAUUCGUCGCCAUCCGGAUGGUCGUGGCGAGAUUACUGACGAUUUUUGGAACGCACUACUGAGUAAAGCGCAGUCCAAGGGUGACGACGCUAACUGGAUCGAUUUCCUCAAGGCAAACAGCCAGAAAGUACGGGCUCUCGACAGCAAGUCUGUGGAUGCUGGAACGUCAACAGCUCGACCGGAGAUAGUGCACCGUCACGACUUGAUAAAGAUCAUCCAGGAACACUACAAGACCAUCUCUACCGACGUGGACCGGAAAAUCCUCGAAGCCUUGAAGACACACGAAACGCAGAUGAAGUCGUUGAUCCAAGCGGAGUCGCGUAAGACCUUGUUGGACUCCAUUCGCCUGCAGUCUCUUGCGCAAAGCAAUCUCGUUGCCAACUACGAACUCAACUUGAAAAAACCCAACUACUUCUCCAUCGGCCUCGGCGCCCUCAUAGAACCUGGCCGCACUUCCUCGACGUUCGAUAAUGGUUCAACUUUGCUUGCUGGUCUGGUCAUUGGCAGGGCACGGAGGGCAAAUCCGCCCAAAGCUGCUCUCACGAGAUGGGAAGAGUUUGGUGAUUGCUGGUGUGCGGCGCCAAACCCGAUGAAAGGGUUCGCUCGACUUGGUGUUUCCCUACCCCGUCACGUGUAUCCUAAGCAGGUUACUGUUGAGCAUGCUCCCAUGAGCAUGUCGCCUACGGGCGACGUCAAGAACGCACCACGCAAUAUCGAGCUGUGGGCAGAGACCGAUCAGCCGAUCAAACACCACUAUGCUCAGAGCCACAACAAAUGUUUGGAUCCAGGAGAUCUGCGAGGACUCGGCUACGUCUGCUUGGGUGCCUUCAAGUACAACAUUCACGCUUCCAACCACGUGCAGACAUUCGAUCUUGAUGCCGAGCUUUCGGUACCCACCAGCCGAGUUGUCGUGCAAGUUACGUCGAACUGGGGAGCCCCGAACACCUGCAUCUACCGUGUGCGCCUACAUGGCGACGAUGCUGAGGAGAAACCCCACUACGACGUUACCCUCAACGACUAGAUGCUAGCAUCUCCUCAUUUCGACUUUGGUCAAUUGCAUUGCGACGCAUCACCGGCGUUUUGACAUUCAUUCUUGUUGCUGUGGCUGUUGUAGCCAUUUGCGAUGCAUGUUCUUAUCCUCAUUUACACUGGAGCUUGGGUUGAGCGGGAUUUGAUUGAGUUGUAUACCCUUCCUCAUAUGUCUCCUGC